ACAGAUGCUUUCCUGGAUUGGUAUGAGUCAACAGCCUAAUUACACGGAACAAAAGUUUAUGUUAAAUAUAGGUUAGGGUGCUGAUUUAGCACAAAGGCAACAACUGAAAAUGCUGAAAGAAAUGCAACAGGUGCUGCGUUUGCUCAUGCUAAUGGGAAAGCAAAGGCAAAAGCUUUGUUUAAGGACAGGAGGAGGACUUUUGUUGCUUUUGUGGACUGACACAGGAGUUUCUACGCAAAAGCUGAACUGCACUGUUAAUUGCACAGUUGCAGCGGCUGGCCCCUGGUGUGCAGGGAUUCAAAUGGAAGCCCUCCAACCUGUCCUUGCCAGUUUGAAAGAGAGCAUGUUUCCCUGUGUGUGGCCAUGUAAUGAGCCUGACCCUGAGGAGCUGAGUGCCUUCACAGAUCUGUAUGGUUCCCUCAGAUUGCUUCUAUCUUUUCAGGUAAAAGACACAAGACAUUGCACUUCAGAGUGGCAAGCCCAUAUAGAGGCAUUCCUGCGCACAUUCUCUUUGGCUAAUGCCGGGAUACAAAUCCACCUCAAACUCAAAAUCAACGGGGAGACCUCACUGCGGGAACUGAGUGUAAAGUUCAAGAGAAGAGUUGCACUGGCGGACCAACUGUUACUGACCCUGGACGUCACCUGUUCUGCACCGCCUCCGUGGUGUGUGAAGAAAGGGUGCUGGUGUGUGAGAGGACACCCUGCUAUAGGAGGCAGGUUGCCCCUCAGCAUCCCACCACAAACCAUGGAGCAGGGCCUCUUUGGGGAUCUGAGUGUUCAGGUGGUUGCACUCCUGACCCCCUGUCUGCUGCCAUACCCCAAUGUGACAACAGAACUUACUCACAUACAAGUGUUGGUAUACAACCCCAGUAACAUUCCUGUCAAUGGCCCCUCUGGCUUCUUUCAAAAACUUCCAGCUGUUCUGGACUGUCAAGAGCUGGGACUAGAUAGACUUUACUGCUCUUCUUUCAAAGAUCUUGUGUAUAGCGGCGGUACUGUGUACACAGUAGAGAAAGACAGCUGGGAUGAUCCAGAGCAGGAAUCAAGUCUUCCCACAGUGCAGCAGAGUCUCCUGCUUUUCUUCUUCUUACAGCAUAGUGACCCCUUCACCUCCCAGCUCACUGAUCUUAUGGCCACCGAGGUGUUGAUAGAGCUCCACCUGGAGGACAUUCUGAACAACAACAGGCAGGCCGUCGUAGCAGCCGUGCAGACUGAGCUGAAGAACACACUGAAAUCGCAAAAUCACAGAAAAAAGCAACAAGAAAAGCUGCACGCAGCUGCUGAGGUGAUUCUCAGUUCGUCCAUGAGCAUCGUGAGCAGCAGCAGUAGCAUGGACUUCAGAAAUGCCUGUCUGAACCGCAUGAAGGUUUGUGUUUGUCAGGUACAUGAUACACAUGAGUUGGCAGCCUCCCUCCGUGAAUCACUGUGGAGAGUGACAUCAUGGAAAUUCGUUCCCAGGGCCAAGUGCUUUUCUACUAAGAUGGAAGUACAUCCUGUACACGAUGAGCCCACCACAGCAGAAAUCUGAGAAUCUCUGUGUUUAUCUUAAGAGUUCUGUUAUGGUUAAAUGCUGCGGAGGCGGCAGAAGAGGGUUUGAAUGUGUUUAAAAAAUUUAAAGUGCACCAGUUGUGCUGCCAAAAGCAACAUCUGUUUAAUCCAUAAUUUUAAAAGCACAGUUGUUGUUAUAGCUUGGUUGCACCAGUUUAUUUUUGUAAUAAUAUUCCAAGGCUCAAAUUGAUCUCAGUUUUUCUUAUCAAUGUUAUACCCAUAGAAAAACGUCUGUAGCAUAUAUCUAUUUAGGAUGUGAGGUGACAUCACGUAGUGCUGGAGUACCAAAUAUACAUUAUUUGAGUGAAACACAGGGGUUUAACAGGAAGGUUUAGUGGGCUAUUACAAGUUUAAAGUCAGAGUUUUCAGUGUGAUAAAAGUGCCUCUCUUUUUACCUACAUCACCAUGGUAACCUGGAAAAAAAGCCCUAAAAUCAGAGGCAGUGAUACCUUUGUAUUUGUCACAGAUAGCCAGAAGAAUGCCCACCGGAUCUUUAAUGAGUAUCUGUUGUUGAGAUAUCUCCCUAAACUGACAAGAUUGGACCCUGAAAAAGCCCCAGUUCAGAUACUCAUCCGUGAAACAUUGGCAUUCAUCACCAAGAACUGUGCAAUCAAUAUAAUCAAUUUCACUUUGAUCUGGUGGCAAACAAAAGUGAUUUUCACAUCUUUUGGCUAUGUUCCAGUAAGUUUGAAUAUUUAAAAUUUGUAAAAUGUAAAGUUUCAGAGCUCUAACAUGCAUCCAUCCUAUUAGAAAUAAACAACAGCAUUAAAAUAAUUAACUGGAGUUCAAAUGUUUAUUUUACCACUUUGUGUGCUAAAUGCAAGAUUAACAAUUAUCUGCUGAAUUAAUUUCCUGUCUUAUUUCUAAUAGUUUUGCAUUUUACUGUUGUAUUCUUUAAAGAAUUUGGUCACUAUAUUAUCAUUAUCUUAUAUCAUUUCUGAUUGGAGUAGGUGGCACUCAUAGGGAUCAUUUUAUGCAGAAGAAGAGUCAUAUGAACAACUAAACAGGUAAUACAAUUUGGAAUAUUAUCUAAAUUUAGAAAAACAAGACGUUAACGAUCAUAUAAUUAAGUUAAGGAUAUAAAUCGGUAAGGAUGCAAUUUUUCGCAUUCUUAUCUGAUUUAUGCAGUUGUUUACAGUGCAGUUGUUUCUAGAGUGCAAACGAGUUUUGAUAGAUAUAAAAACAGACAAUAGGAGUUAUUGCAAGAAUGAGUCUGUUUUGCGUAACCUGUUAUUGUGUAUCGUAACAAGUUCCUAAUGUGUGCAUGGACAAAAAAUGUUAGUGUGUAGCAGUGAUUGUGAGUGUGACAGGUCUGGGAAGAAGCCGUUUCCCAGCCUUGUUGUUUUGGCACUGAUGCUGCACUUUGUGAGGUGAGGGGGUAAAAAGUCCAUGGGUUUAAAGAGUCCUUUUUGAUACUGGUAGCCCUGCUGAUGUAGAUAUCUUUAAUCAAUGACAGGCUGCUGCUGCUGAUCUUCUGCAAGGACACAAUUGUCCACUCCAGAGACUUCCUGCCAGCAGCAGAGCAGUAUCAGUAACACACACUGCACACCUAUAAAAAGAUCUGAGAAUUGUGGUACCCAGACCAGUGCUAUCCAAUAGUUAAACUGUACACAUAUGUUAUCCAGUGAUUCCCAAACUAUGGAGCAGAUAACCAGAUGAUUAAAUAAGUAUAAAUAGAUAAGAGUUAGUUGCCAUUUGUCUGACCAUUAUUCAGAUAGAAUUCGUGCGUCCUUUGUUUUUAAUUGUUGAUUGGAUGAACUGUGGGGCAUUUGCGUUUUUCUGCUUCUGAAGUGGGACACUGCUAAAGUUUGAAACAACCAAGUUACCAGGACAGGCUUUUAUUUUUGUGGGACCGCCAACUUCCGUUUAUUAUUGUUACGAAUGUGACGCAUAUUCCGGCCGCCAACACGAACAGCGCUUUUUCGCGGUAAAAUGAAACAGGCAUCAGGUCGACCAUUAUUAUUUCGUUUGUACUGUCUAACAGCUAACCGCCUGUAGGUAGUAUUUAGAAGCCGUGUAGUUAAAAAAAAAAAAAA